ACAAAUUAAGAGCUGAUGGAUGAAUUCAUGUAGAAAGCUUGCCUCACACGGAGCUUGAACACGGUGAAGGGUUGAAAACCGGCUCUCCCGCUGCUGUAACCGGGAUAAACUGACACUUCCGGAGCGGGAACAUUCACCGGGGCAGUGUUGGUCCAGUGGACACUUUAUUGCCACAGAGGAUGAGACAAGCUCUAUAAAAGCAAGAAGGAGAAAGAGAAGUGGACAGAUUGCAACAGCAGGAGUAGGAACUUUCUCUCACAGCUCGUCCUCCCUGUGACUCUUCUUCUCUCUGCUCUCAGUCGCCGUCACAGCUUCACCAAGAUGAAGCUGAAGGAGGACCUGAACCCCUUGCUGCUGCUCCUCUUUCACCUUGUGGUGUGGAUCUACACCUGCGUCACCUUCCUGCCUUACCACCUCUUCAGCUGGGCGUCAGUGCCGGUCGGGGGCGUCUGCGGCUCAGAGGAGGAGCGAGCCAAGAGGGCGAAGGCCCGCUCUGUGCUGGGAUGUCCCGAGGGGCCCUACAGAGCGGUGAGUGCCAUCAAGAGGCUGGUGACGUCGCUGCGCCCGGGAGUGGACACCCUGGAUAAGAUGUUUGAAUACGCGGCCACGAAGUUCCCGGAAAGAGACUGUCUCGGCACGAGGGAGGUGAUCAGUGAGGAGGACGAGCAGCAGAGCAAUGGGAAGGUGUUUAAGAAGGUAGUUCUGGGUGAGUACUGCUGGCGCUCCUAUGACGAGGUCCUCACAGCGGCGUCCCAGCUGGGCAGUGGUCUGGCAUCGCUGGGUCAGCAGCCGAAACACAACAUCGCCAUCUUCUGCGAGACGCGAGCCGAGUGGAUCAUAGCUGCCCAGGCCUGCUUCAUGUACAACUUCCCAUUGGCCACCCUUUACUCCACACUGGGAGGUCCAGCCAUCGCUCAUGGGCUGAAUGAGACUCAGGUCACCCACAUCUUCACCAGCAGAGAGCUCCUGGAGACCAGACUCAAGGCUAUCCUAAUUGAAGUUCCAAGGCUGCAGCAUAUCAUUGUAGUGGAUGACACACCGACCUCAUGGCCCGGCUAUCCGCGUGGCAUCAGUGUCCACAACAUGGCUGCUGUUCAGAAACUGGGGGCCAGGCCUGAGAAUGCCGCACGUGAGCGUAAGCAGCCGCUGCCUUCAGACAUUGCAGUCAUCAUGUACACCAGCGGAUCCACAGGCAUACCAAAGGGCGUCAUGAUCUCCCAUAGCAACAUCAUCGCCGGCAUCACAGGGAUGGCUGAGCGGAUACCUAAUCUGUGUGAGGAGGACACCUACAUCGGCUACCUGCCUCUCGCUCAUGUGCUGGAGCUCAGUGCAGAGCUCGUAUGUAUUUCCCACGGCUGUAGGAUCGGCUACUCUUCACCUCAGACUCUUGCUGACCAGUCAACCAAGAUCAAGAAAGGAAGCAAGGGAGACACCAGCGUCCUGCAGCCCACCCUGAUGGCAGCUGUUCCGGAGAUCAUGGAUCGCAUCUAUAAAAACGUGAUGACCAAAGUCGAGGAGAUGAACUGCGUCCAGCGAGCACUCUUCACUCUGGCUUACAACUACAAGCUGGAGCAGUUCACCAAAGGAUACAGCACACCUCUAUGUGACAAGCUGGUGUUCAGGAAAGUUCGCUCUCUGCUGGGAGGUCGGACGCGAGUCUUGUUGUCGGGAGGAGCGCCGCUCUCCGCAGCCACACAGCGCUUCAUGAAUGUGUGUUUCUGCUGCCCGGUGGGUCAGGGAUAUGGCCUGACGGAGACGUGCGGAGCGGGAACCAUCAGCGAGCUGUGGGAUUACAGCACUGGGAGAGUGGGAGGGCCGCUGGUUUGCAGUGAGAUAAAGCUCAAAGACUGGGUGGAGGGCGGUUACCGUAGCACAGACAAGCCACACCCUCGAGGAGAGAUUCUGGUUGGUGGACCGAACGUAACCAUGGGAUACUACAAGAUCGAGGCUAAAAACCAAGAAGACUUCUUUGUGGAUGAGAACGGCCAGAGGUGGUUCUGCACGGGAGACAUCGGAGAGUUUCAUGAAGAUGGGUGCCUAAAGAUAAUUGAUCGUAAAAAAGACUUGGUGAAGCUGCAGGCGGGAGAGUACGUUUCCCUGGGAAAGGUGGAGGCCAUGUUAAAGAACUGCUCACUGGUCGACAACAUCUGCGCCUACGCCAACAGCGAUGAGACAUACGUGAUUGGCUUUGUGGUGCCCAAUCAGAAGCAGCUGCUGACUCUGGCGGACCAGUACAGCAUCCGAGGCUCAUGGGAGGAGCUGUGCAACAGCAAGGCCAUUGAGGAGCUGGCCCUCAAGGUGAUCACUGAGGCUGCACUGGCAGCUCAGCUAGAGCGCUUUGAGAUUCCUCGCAAGAUCCGUCUGAGCCCAGACCCCUGGACCCCUGAGACAGGAUUAGUGACUGAUGCAUUCAAGCUCAAGCGCAAGGAGCUGAAAACACAUUACCAGGAUGACAUUGAGAGAAUGUACGGUGGAAAAUAACGGCGAGGACCAGCGCGUCUUUGUUCAUUCUCAAAGCACAGACCAACACUUGACUCAGAAACACUCCCAGUGCCCCUCUCACCCCUCCCGUCAGUUUUCUACUCCGUCAGUAAAAAAAUAAAAAGCCACAGUGACAUAAAUCUGUGGUGAAAUAUUAAUGUUUGUAAGAAAGAUGCUGCAAUUUUCCCCUUUACUGUGCACAUUUGAACCUAUUCCACUGUGGAAGCCUUUUUGCUUUUGCUUGAAUUUGUAACUUAAGUCAAGCUGGAAAAAAAUCAUACAUCAUACAUAUCCCUGUCCACUGCUGCAUUUCCCCCUUUUUCUUUUUCGCCCAGGUGUGUGACCUCUCUGUGGAGAUCUUAUUGUUCCAGAUGUGAGUUAUGAAACAGAUGUGUGUGCUAGCUGCUGUCGUCUGUUGAACUCUCGAGCGCCACAGCAGAAGCUCAGGUCGGUCGGACGGGUUUGUUGCCUUGUUUCUUUGUGCUCAGCCACGAGACACUCGAGUGGUUGUGUUGGUCUCAAAAAUCUUUCCUGUAGUUUAUUUUCAUUCUUUGGGUUUCACUCUUUCACGUUCCUCCUCCUAGUCCCAACACUAAACACUCCUGCAGGUCAGGAGACGGUUAACUCUUUUGUUUCUUUUUUUCUUUUUUUUUCUUAAUAUGUUUUGAGUUCUGUCAACGGUUUAUUUUUUCUGCCACCCACAGUCAGACUUUGACGCCCACGCUCGCGGGACGUCGCCCCCAUCAGCACAUCUUGAUACCAAAAGCACAAAGUCAUUUGAGGGCAAAUGAGAGC